AUGUCGACAGCCAAUCGUAGUUCAACUUCUGUUGAUGAAGAUAAAUGUGGAAAUUUCGAUGUCUUCGAUGAACUUGUCAACGAACUCUUUUUUAAUGAUAAUUAUAAUGAUGAUGAUAACGGCGGCGAAAACAAUGAUCCAAUAAAUCAAGGUUACAUCGUGAAUAAUAAUGAUGAUAGAAAAUACAAUGAUUUUGAAUUAAUUCAAAUGGACAAAUUAUUAUUUUUGAAUACUAAUACAAUUAUUAGUCAAUCAAGGCAACAAUCAUUAAGUCCAUUACUAAAUACAAUGAGAAAAAAAAUAACAAAAACUUUUCGUUAUACGGAAGUUGAUCUUCAUGAACUGAUUGGCAUAGUUAUUGAUAAAAUUCCUCAUUAUUUAUCUAAUGAUAAUAAAUUACUCGAAGACAAAAUGCGUGCUAUACAACCAACAAUUAAUGAAAAGCAUUCGGAAGAAUUACGUCAAAUAGCUAUUCUUAUGUAUAAGAUAUCAUUACUUGAAAGGAUAACUUCACUUUGGACAAUGUUUCGUAGAGUAGGCAUGGGUACUCUUGAAUUACCAUCACAUAUUAAACAAUUAGACAUAAAAAUUUGGCCAAUUGCAGUUCAUACACGUAUUAGACAGGUUGAAAAUACACAUGCUUAUGACGAUGAGACAUGUCAGAUGUUUAUUGAUCAUUGUCUACAAAAACUAAAUGAAAAAAACGAUGAAUAUCGACAUCAAUUACGCUUUCAAACAUGUCAUGUUACUGAUUAUUCACUGGCUAUGGAAUUUACUAUCGAGAAGUUUAUACAACAUGAAUUUAUGAGUCAACAUAUUGAAUAUGAUUGUCAAAUUACACUUGUUCUAUAUCAUUUUAUUGAUGAAAUAUUGAAAUGCCACUUUUCAAAUGAGAAUCCCAAUAUAAAACAAAAAGAAUUACUUAAACGCCUCUGCAAAUAUAAAUAUGAAGAAACAAUCACAAAAUAUGAAUUCAAUUUAUUUAAAAAUCGAAUAUCUGAAAAUUGCCUCUCAAAUUCAGUUCAAAGUCAACAUAAUGCAAACUCAUCUUUGAUAGUUACUGCUCAUAGAGCUAUGAUGCAAGAAAAAUUCUUUAAACAAUAUGCAGAAAUCGAAUCAAAUACAUCAACAAAUAAGGUAACAAUUUCUUUAGAUUUAAUUAAACAACAUAUGCAUCAAUGUCAAAAACAACUCAAUAAGGAAUUCGAGCAAAUGUGGCACAAUCAAAGAACAUUUUCACCUGACCAGCGAUUAACUCCAACAAUGGUUCAUCUCAUAGAUCAACGUUUGACAAAUAUUGAUGCACGCCUCAAGUGUAUCUAUACAUUUAAAGCUCAAUUGUUAAAAAUAAAAAUUGAAUCUUUAUAA